AUGUCGGCGCCGCGCGCCGAGCUCGUCAGCUCCGCCAUCUCCUUCCUGCAGGACCCCGCCGUGGCCAACGCGUCGCUAGAGCAGCGCCUCGGCUUUCUGCGCUCCAAGGGCCUCUCUGACGCCGAGGUGGCCGAGGCGAUGCGCUACGCCGCCCCUGCCGCUGGCACGUCCGGCUCGCAGGCGCUGCAGAUGCCGGCGCACGCGCAGCACGCCUACGCCAACCCGUAUGCGCCGGACCCACGUCUGGCGCGCGAUUGGCGCGACUGGUUCAUCAUGGCCGUCGUGGCCGGUUCGGUGGGCUACGGCAUCGUGGGCCUUGCGCGCCGGUACCUCUUCCCGCACCUCGCGCCGCCAAACGCCGAUGUCCUUACUGCCGAUCUUGACGCCCUGACGGACAAGUACGACACAGUCGCGGCGCAGCUCACCGCGCUGGAGCGGACAACCGAUGCUGUGCGCGCGGGCGUCGAGCAGCAGCGCACGCAGGUCGAGGCCAUGAUCACAGACGUCGAGGGCGCGGUGCGGGAGGUGCGCGACGGCGAGAAGGGGCGCGAGGCACAGAUGAAGCGCAUCAGCGACGAGGUGGAGGAGAUGAAGCGGGCGCUUCCGAAGAUGAUGGAGAAGCAGACCUCGUCACAGCAGACGUCGCUCUUAGAACUGCAGACGGAGCUCAAGUCGCUCAAGUCGCUCCUCGUCUCGCGGGCACCCAGCGCCCCGCGGUAUGGCGCCGCAGCCAGCUCCGGCAACGGGCCCUCGUCGCCCGGCGGUGCGGCCUCGCCGCGUCCCGACGGCAAGCCGAGCAUCCCGAGCUGGCAGCUGGCGGGCUCGGCGUCGACCGCCAGCCUUGCCGCGGCCACGCCCGCCGGUGGCAGCAGCGCCGGCAGCGACGAGGAGAAGGCCACGGCGGGCGGCAAGGGCAAGAGCGACGAGGAGACAGUGGUGGUGUGA